AUGUGCCGCUGUCUGCGCAUCCAUCCAAGCGGCUUUUACGCCUGGCUGAAGAACCCGCUGAGCAAGCGAGCCCAGGAAGACAUCCGCCAGACCGGACUGCUGUGCAAGGCCUGGGAGGAGAGCGGUAAGGUCUAUGGAUAUCGCAAGCUUCAUGACGAUCUGCUUGAUCAGGGAGAGUCGUGCUGCCUGAACCGUGUCGCGCGUCUUGCCCGGCUGGCCGGGAUCAAGGCCCAGAUCGGAUACAGGCGGCGACCGGGCAGCUAUGGCGGUAAACCUUCCAUGGUCAUCGACAAUAGCCUCGACCGACAGUUCGAUGUGGAGCAACCCGACAGGGUCUGGGUGACAGACAUCACCUACAUCAGGACACUGGAAGGCUUUGCCUAUCUUGCUGUCGUGAUCGACCUCUUUUCUCGCCGUGUUGUGGGCCUCCUCUCGGCGUUGCAAGCAACGCCUGCCGGGCAAUGGGUCGAUGCAGAGCCGUCAGACCACAGAUGUCGUGUUGCAGGCGCUGCUGAUGGCGGUAUGGCGGAGGAAGCCGAAGAACAGGGUUCUGAUCCAUUCGGAUCAGGGAUCGCAGUUCACGAGCAUGGAUUGGGCAUCAUUCCUUAG